AUGCGCAGCCCACAGGGGCCAGCGGGCCGCCACAUUGCACGCAAGACGGCGAGGCGUGACCGCGUGCCAUCACAGCAACAGAAGCGGCCCGCGCGCAUCCUCCUGCCACGAAUCUGCCGUCGCAAGUUGUGGAACAAGAAGAAGAGGUGCCGCCGUGGGGCCCUGCCAGUGCUGCUCGUGCUUCACGAGUUCUGGGGACUCUCCGGCUCGAUUGUGGACAAAGCACAGGGCCUCGCUGACGAGCUGGGCUGCCUGUGCAUCGCGCCUGACUGCUUUCGCGGUGAGACCACCGACUUCGUGCCAAAGGCGAUCUGGCUUGCGCUGUCCACACCCCAGCAGCGCGUCAACACAGACUUGGCCGCGGUGCUGCGCUGGGCCGCAUCGCAGGACGGUGUAGCGGAGAAUUUCCCAGUUAGGGUGCUCGGCUUCUGCUUUGGAGGUGGCAAGGCGAUUGGCUUUACGACUACAAUGCGCCCUGACGCGGCGACGUUCGUGUUUUAUGGCGAGCCGGUACUCAAGGUCGAGGCUCUGGCCGCACUGAGCGCUCCCGUGUGCGGCAUCUAUGGGGCGGAGGACCCGCAGCCAACAACAAACCGAGCGGCAGCGGCGCGCUUCCGGUCGGCGCUGGCAGAGGCUGGGGUCGAGCACGAUGUUACUUGUUACGAAGGCGUUGGGCACGCCUUUUGGAAGGACAUGGGGCAGAUAGAGCGACGAGAGACGCCACAAAUCGCGGCGUGGCGGCAGAGCACCACCUUCCUGCGCACCUUCUUCGACGGGUGA